UCUCACUCACACACAGAAAAAGACAGAACGACAGAAGCAACUCUCGCGGCUGCAGAGAAAUUCAUUCAUCUCAUCGAACUUUAUUAAUUGCGUUGGCAUAGACACAGACAUCUAGUUAUUUCAUUCGAUCGGGUCGCAGAGUGACCCACUGCUAUGACAUUUGUUUUCGUUCUCGCAUCCCGUGUGUGCCGUGUAUCCCCUACCAUAAAUAUGUGAAUUUAAGUGGAAAUUUUGUGUGACGCGGCCAUAUUUGACGAAGUUUUGUGUGUUUGGAUGUGGAUGUGGGGCGAGCUGCGGAAAUUAUAUAAAAAUUGAGCGCAGCAUAACCCUAGUGAUCAAGCACAUACACUCCCAUUCACGAAAUGAUGGACCGCAAGAAGGCCUUGGAAUUGGACAAGAUUUGCCGCCUGUGCAUCUCGGAACGCAAGGAGAUGCGCCCGCUGUUCAGCGAGAAGGUGCCCGAGAUGUUGAUGGACAUCACCAAUGUGCAUGUUGAGCCCACCGAGGGCUGGCCGGACAAGAUCUGCGUGCAGUGCGUCCACGCCGUCAGCCGGAAUCAUGCCUUCAAGACGCUCGUCGAGCGCAGCGACAAGGAGCUGCGCGAGUAUAUUAAUGGCCUGACCGUUCGUCUCGUAUCCGAGGAGCAGACGGCGGCGGUCAAGCAACAGGCUCUGGAGCGGAAACAGCAUAAGCAGCUCCAAAAACAGCAGCGGCUCCUCGAGGAGCAGAUGCAGCAGCAGCAGCAACAGCAACAGCAACAGAUUCUCCAGCAGCAACAACAGCCUGCUCCGGCGGCCAAGCCCAAGCUGAAGCCGUUACUGAGAAAGGGAUCGCGGCAGCAUAAGCAGCGGCAUCUGGAGGCUGCACCGGCUCCACAGCCAGCCCAGCCCCCACCGCCGCAGCAGCAGGUGCAGCUCCUGCCAGAACCUGCGCAACAGCAGCAGCAGCAACCGCAGACACUGCAGCAACAGAUACAGCAGCUGCAGUUGCCAACACUUCAGCCCGCUCCCGCCCAGCUCCUGUCCACGGCAGCUGCCACCACGACGCUGCCACAACAGAUCCUGCUGCCCAACGGCCAGUUCAUCACGACAGCCCAGAUUGUAGCGCCGCAGCUAGCCCAGAUUAUCAGUACGGCGCCGCAGGCUACGGCCAACGGGGCAGCCACCGCCGCCCAGUCCCAAUUCCUGCCACAACUCCUGCAGACGCCGGGCGGGCAGACGUUGCAGAUAGUUCAGCAGCCCAACGGCACACAGACUCUGCAGCUGGUCCAACUGGUGCCGCAGCGUACGCUGGCGCCUACCGGAGUGUCGGCGGUGACCACCACCACCACAACAUCGGCCACGGACAUGGGCCACGGCCACCAUGGCGGCGUUUCCCUUGCGGAUGCGGAUGUACAACUGCUGGAGGAUGGCUGCGAGGUGGAGGAUGAGGAUUUGGAUGAGGUGUAUGAACAGUUGGACGGCAAGGGGGAUCACAGCUUCGAGACCAUUGUGCUGGACGAUGACCAGCAGCAGGACUUCCUGAAAGACCACCAGCACCAUCAGCAGCAGCAGCAGCAUCAUCACCACCAGGUGCUGAUCGACGAGGAUCUCACGCAGAGCGAGAGCCAGGAGCACGAGUACUUUGACGACCUGGAGGACCACCAGGAGGCGAUGGACGAGGUGGAUGCCGACAUGGACGAGCAGCUGAAGCAGGAGGAGGAAGAGGAGGACACGUUCAUCAUCGAGGAGAUCCAGCUGGAGGAUGACGAAAUGCUAGAGGAUCCCGACGCAGAGGCUAUCAGCCCCUCGGACUGCGAGUACAUCACGGACGACCACGAUCCGCAUCUGUCUGGCGAAGUCGACGACGUGGAUGAUGCCGACCUGCAAUACGCCAUUAUGGAACCGCCGGACGGUGAGACGAGUGCCGAGAUAGAUCAGGCCUUCCUAGAGCAUGAGCAGGCUCAGGCGCACCACCAACAGCAGGAGGAGCUGCAGAGCAUUUCGCUGGAAAAUGCUGUGGUGGAGUUUAGCCAAGCGACGGCGGAUGCCAUGGUGCCGCCCACUCUGAGCGUAAGCUCGCCGAGUCCCACGCCCAAGCGGGCCAAGCGCAGUCACCAAGCUGCUACAGCUGCUGCAGCAGUCCCUCCUGGGGUUACACUCGAGCCCUGUGACCACCAGCCACCUACAACUGGUCAUCCGGCCAUCAGCAGCAAGCUGGCAGCGGCCAAUUCCCGCCAGCUGGUACAGACAGCGAGUGUUAUUGCCGCCGCUGGAGCGGAUGACAACUACGAGAUCGAUGCCAAUCUGGUUACAGAGUUCAUACGACAGCACACGUCUCCGCUGGGAUCUGGGAGGUAUGUGUGCCACCUGUGCAGCACAGAGUUCCGGCAGUUCAAGGGCCUGCAGAACCACAUGCACUCGCACACCAACUGGAUUCGCGCCAAUUGCAAGAAGCAGCCGCAGUGCGAGAUCUGCCUGAAGAGCUUCAAGGGUCCUGGCAUGCUGCGCAUGCACAUGAAGACGCACGACGCCGAGUCAAGCACACCCGUCUGCACCAUCUGCAAUCGUACGUUCAAGUCGAAAGCCAUCCUAUACAGGCACCGGCAGACGCACCAGCAACGAGCCUAUUGCUGCGGCGUGGCAAACUGCCGGAAGAACUUCUCGUCGGCGGCGAACCUCAAGUGGCAUGUGGAACGCAAGCAUCCGGAGGUGGUGGAGCCGCUGUUCAAGUGCGGGGAGUGUGGAUCUUUGUACGAGAGCGUCGAUGCCCUGCAGAUGCACGUGGAGACGACAGAUCAUACGGCAGACAUGCAGGUGGUGGGAGCCGGGCAGCCGGAGGACGAUGGCUUCAGCGGUGCGGUGAGCAUCGUGAGCAACGGCACCGAUAUGACCAGCCUAAUGGCUGGCCAGGGUGGUACGACAUUAACGGGAGCCACUGGCCCCGCCGGCGACACACAUGCCGUGGUAGUGGGCUCCUCCGGUGAGGUGUACUUUGUGACGCAGGCGUAGCCAGCGGAGUACGCCGGAGCGGUGGCUCCCGGCGAGUGCCUGCUCGGCAUCUAGAUGACCACUUAGCUGUAAUAUAUAUAUAUUUUUGUACUAGCAAUUAGCACAACUUCACAAAAAUUACUGCAAUCCUAGAUUUCUGUCGUAGAUCUUGUCUAGUAAGUAGCUCGUCUAGGCUAAGAUUCACUCGAAUUUUGUAAGCAAAUACACGAAACCUUGGGUAGAGCUGGGCGGUUCUGACCAGAAGGAUCAAGCGAUCCUUCGACACGAACGCCCUUGCUGAUGAAUGUAUAAAAUCCUGCGGAGACUGUGUGCCAGUUUAUUUUGUUUAUUAUUAACUUUUAUUAUUUUUAAAGAGUGUCCACACAAAUCUUGAAUGCCUUUGAAAUCUAUUUUAAAUGUGUCUAAUAGUAGGCAAUAAAUUACUUUUGGUAAUA